AUGCCAGCGCCAGGCCCGCAGCAUUCUCCGACCAUCGUCGACGACGCUGAACGCCGCCACCAUGGCUCAGUUCUUGACCACCGUGUUAGUCCUCCUUUCAUACAAGCAGAAGCACCGUCGUGCAACAUGACUGCAAUGGCGAGCGCUGUUUUCCGUUACCUGAGCCCCAGUUCCAUCGCCACCAUGCUGUCGCUGGACAACACCAUCAUCUCGGUCCACGAGGAUGAUUCCGACUCCCCCACGAUGCCCGCAGCCGAGCCUGUGAUUGCUGACGCCAAGGCAACGAAUAGUAACCAGCGGACUAAGAAUCAGUUCCGUCCUCGCGUGGGCAAGGGCGGCGCCACCAGCUACCAGCUUCGACAGUAUGCUGAAGUCACAUUGGGGGGUGGUAGUUUGCGAAAAGUUGUCAAGCUGCCCGAAGGCGAGGACGAGAAUGAGUGGCUGGCGGUAAACAGUGGGUUAUCUCGACCCCGGCAAGACUGGAGUAUUGUUUCCGUGCUGACUGUGGCAGUGGUGGAUUUCUACAAUCAGAUCAACUUGCUCUACGGAGCCAUCACCGAGUUUUGCUCGCCCCAUUCCUGCCCCGAGAUGAAGGCAACAGACGAAUUUGAAUACCUCUGGCAAGACAACGAAAACUACAAGAGACCGACCAAGAUGCCUGCCCCAGCAUACAUCGAGCAACUCAUGACAUGGGUACAAUCCAACAUUGACAACGAAUCUGUUCUUCCAAGCAAAAUUGGCGUUCCCUUCCCCAAGUCAUUCCCGGCUCUUGUCCGCCAAAUUUUCAAGCGCAUGUACCGAGUAUACGCCCACAUCUACUGCCACCACUACCCCGUAAUUCGGGAGCUGGGCCUGGAGCCGCACUUGAACACUAGCUUCAAGCAGUAUGUGCUCUUCAUUGAUGAGCACAGCCUGGCAAGCGGUAGAGACUACUGGGGCCCUCUGGGUGAUCUCGUGGACAGCAUGCUCAAGAGCGACUAG